AUGGCUUCUCCGGACGACCCUCUGCGCGCAGAUCGCGUGGCCGAGGAGCCCGUGGAGGACACGGACCCAAGCACCUUCUCCUUCACCGUGUCAGACAAAUAUCCUAUUCAAGACACGGGACUCCCUAAAGUUGAAGAGUGUGAUCCAAUUCCUUUGAACUGCCCAACAAAUUCUGAUGUGCAACAUCAGGGAGAAGAAAACGGCUUUGCGGACAGUGCUGGAGACCCCCUUGCAGAUGUCAGCAAGGUCAGGUCCUGCCAGGACAACUGUACUUGCUCCUCCUGCUCGCUGCGGACCCCCACCAUCAGUGACCUGCUCAAUGAUCAGGACUUACUGGAUGUGAUCAGGAUAAAGCUGGACCCGUGUCACCCAACAGUCAAAAACUGGAGGAAUUUUGCGAGCAAAUGGGGCAUGCCCUACGAUGAGCUGUGCUUUCUGGAGCAGAGGCCCCAGAGCCCCACCUUGGAGUUCUUGCUCCGGAACAGCCAGAGGACGGUGGGCCAGCUGAUGGAGCUCUGCAGGCUGUACCACCGCGCUGACGUGGAGGGCGUCCUGCGCAGGUGGGUGGAUGAGGAGUGGCCCAAGAGGGGGCGUGGAGACCGCCCCAGGAACUUGUAGACCUCUGCUCCUUCUCCUCGGCCUCCUUGGACAUUG